GUUAUCCACUCCACCACCCUCCUCCCUGACACCUCCCUUUCUCCUCCCUCCAUUGGGCUGGAGAGGAGUGAUCAGCGUGAAAGUUAAAGCUCUCCGGCGAGCCGGCAGACACUUCUCCACAGCUGUCUGAGGGAACGCUGGUGGGCUUCACCCGAGAGCGGAGGUAGGUUUCCUGCAGCUGCGGGAGCGCAUUACCUCACUGCUGAGCUGCAGAGCAGAGAGGAAAGCCAAUCCGUCUGGAGGAGGAGAUCUUCGGAUGGCUUAACAGUUCAGUCUUCAGCGGAACGUGUUGGUUCUUGAAAAGCACUGAGGAAGGACCUCGAAUGUCAGACGGACGUCCAGGAUUGGAUCUAACACAGACCAGACCUUUGCCCCCACCCCCCACACCUCUCAGGCCCUGUCCGUCAGCCCCCACCCCCUCCAGCCAGACCCUCAGCACACUGAUUGAAGACAUUCUUCAGUGGCCGCUGACUCCCAGUCAAAGACGUUAGGCAAAGGUCAGCAGUGGCAGCAGCUGUGCUGAUGGAAGGCCCGGCUCUGGAUCAGCUGGGGGACGCGUGUGCCCCCCGCUGUCCCUCCCCAGACGGGGAGACCGUGUGCGAGGCUCUGGCCCGUUACGAGAACACUCUCCGGGACGCCAUCAGGGAGAUCCAGGUGGAUGUGGGCAGUUUUAAGUUGGGUGUGGAGCGUCGGCUGGAGGAGACGGCCAACCUGAGCGGCCCACUGGGCCGUACCGUGGCGCAGCUGCAGCAGGAGAACCGGCAGCUCCGCAGCCAGCUGGACGCUCUCACCAGGCAAGUGGAGCUGCUGAGCGGCUUCAUGAGCGACAGCCGCACCUUGUUAAACAGCAACAAUGGUCAGAACCACAGCGGGGACGCGCUCCUCCUCUCAGAGAACCAUCACAACGCAAAGGACGUGAUCUGUGGGAAGGUUCAGAACCCUCUCCACGUGCAGACCUACAACCACCCUCCAUCUCCACCUUCUAUGUUAACGUCCUCCCCCAGCUGCAGCAGCCCCCCCGCCGGGUACAGAGGCUGCUCCAUGCUCCUCAGCCCCGGGUCCAGCAGCAGCCCCUCCGUCACCCGCUUCUCCAGCCGAGCCAUCUUUGCUGUGUCCAGCAAGGCCAGCAGUUCUGAGCGAGACGAGCCGAUAGACAUCGAUCAGGUUCCAGCACAACAGAACGGACACUCUGCCAUGGUGUUGGGGAAGGUGUCUCCUCCCUCCAACUCUGUGCACGAACACGUCGCACAGGUUGCCACGCGGAUGCCCCACCUUCCCAUCACAGCUACAACCAAGACUGCAGAGGUUAAGUCUUCUCCGAGCAGUCCUCCUGGACUUCUGUCCUCUCCAGGUUCUGACCUUUCCCCUACGGGUCAGUCAAGUCCCAGCAGCCCCCAAAGCCAGCCCAUAGAGGAUGCUUCAGCUCAAGCAGUGCCGUCUGUGAAGACUUGGACUCCGACGACCUCCAGAACUCUGGGAUCUCCAUGUGUCCAGACGGACAAAUCCCUUUCAGCUCCAGCUAAAACCGUGGCUUCUUCAGGACCACGGGACACAGAUGAUGGGGUCAGCGAUGACAGGACCUUCAGCCAUCUUGGAGAGAGGAGGAGGGAUCUGGUGAGGUCCCAGACCAUUCCCCGCAGCGCCGGCGCUCAGGCUCGCCGGUCCAUCUUUGAAAGGUUGAGCUCUGGGACCAGCAAUGGAACCCCAAAGCCAGCCAGCCUGAAGCGCUCUCAGAGUUUUGCUGUGUCCAGCGCCAGCACCAUCAAACAGAUUCUUCUUGAAUGGUGUCGGUCCAAAACCAUCGGCUACCAGAACAUCGACAUCCAGAACUUCUCCUCCAGUUGGAGUAACGGGAUGGCGUUCUGCGCUCUGGUUCACUCCUUCUUCCCUGCAGAGUUUGACUACAACUCUCUGUCUCCCGCCAACCGCAGGCACAACUUUGAGCUGGCCUUUGCAACUGCAGAAACAAAGGCGGGCUGCGACCGCCUCAUCGAGGUGGACGACAUGAUGAUCAUGGGCCACAAACCCGACCCCAUGUGUGUGUUCACCUACGUCCAGUCCCUGUACAACCACCUGCGCAAGUUUGAGUGACGCUCAGACCACCUCCAAUAACAAAGAGAGCAGCCAGCUUCGCCUUCUGAGCUGUCAUGGAGUCCAGGACUGAGCUGAAACCCAGAGACUUGGUCAACAGCGCCACCUCCUGAUGGAGGAAGGACUCUGGGCCGAGACAGGCACUCAAUGGACAGGAACUGAUUGAACAAGAAUAUAUGACUUUGCACUCAGUGCUGGUUUCUCAGCAGCUGUGGUCUUGUUUUAUCUUUUUUUUAAAUGAGAAUAUUGUGAAGAAUUAAAGAGAUUUUUGCUUAAGUCGUCACACGGACCUUUGCUGCAGAGGGAAAGCAGCAUCAACGUCAAUGAAAAUUGUUUGCUUCAUCUGGUACUUGUAUCUAAAAAAUAUGAAGAUGUGUGGUGUGACUUUUCUUUCAUAUAUGAUGUGGGAUGUUGUAAUUUUCAGGUUAAAAAAAUAAAAUGUGCUGCAUGUGGACCCCACCUUUU